AUGGAUAAUGCAAAGUCACUUGAAAUAUUUAAAUACCUUCACAGAGCUGGUAAAACGUGUACUACUCAAGCAAUGGACAAUGCUUGUUUAAAAGGUGACUUGGAUUUUGUAAAGUUUAUUCAUUAUAAUCGUACAGAAGGGUGUAGUGAAUCAGCUAUCAUUAAUGCUUGUACAACUGGUAAUUUUGAUUUGAUAAAGUUUCUAAUUUCGAUUAGGAAAGAAGUAUGUUCAUCAGCAGCAGUUGAUGAUGCUAUACAGAGUAAUUGUCGUUUGGAGAUUAUUAAAUUCUUGGAUAAAGGAUGUACCAUUAGUGGUUUGAAUUAUGCUAUGCAGAAUAAUCGAUUGGACAUCAUUCAAUAUCUUCAUCAAAGAUUCCCAAAAUCUCCUCGUAUCUGGACUCCUGUUACAUUAAAUGUGGCAACAAUGACCGGUCAUUUGGAUAUUGUAAAGUAUAUACAUGAAAAUAGAACAGAAGAGAGUACAACCAAUGCAAUGAACUAUGCAGCCAAGUAUGAUCAUCUCGAUGUUUUAAAAUUUCUACAUUUUAAUCGUACAGAGGGUUGCACAACUAAUGCAAUGGAUUUUUCAACUGAUUUGGAAGUGAUAAAGUUUCUACAUUUUAAUCGAACUGAAGGGGCUACAACCAAGUGUAUGGAUAAUGCAGCAAGAAGGGGUGAUAUAGAGACUGUUGAAUGGUUACAUAAAAAUCGAAGUGAAGGUUGCACUGAUCAAGCUCUUUGGGAAUCCAAUAAUAACCCCGAUAUCUAUAAUUACAUAUUAUCAAGCAAAAUAAUACCUGUUAGAUCAAUUAAAAAUUGUCAAAAGAAGAAGAAGAAAGAUUAUUAUGAAAUCUAUCAUCUCAUCAAUAAAUAUUAUAAUGGCAUUUAA